UGAGAAAACUCAAUUUAAUGAUACCUUGGAGUAUAUUCUUGCUUCAUAUACUGCUGUUUUUAUUACAAGGAUAUAUUUGUGCAUCAUCCAUCUUGACGGGAUUAUCAAAAAAAGGGUUUAAUGAAAAUCGGCAGAAAAGAGCUCUGUUAGCAGCACAGUUUGAAGCAACUUCUCCAAGAUAUUUUUUCCAUGAAGGUAUUAAUUGGGGUGAGAGCAAAAUAAAAGGUUCUUGUCCUCAUGAAUGCCUUAACGGAGCUUUCUGUUCUAAGACUGGUACAUGUGACUGUCAAAUAUUUCAGGCGCUUGGGACAAGGUGCCAGAUUGUGCCAAACAUGGGCAGUGGCAGAGAUGGGAUUUGCAAAACCUGGGGACAGUACCACUUUGAAACUUUUGAUGGCAUCUACUACUAUUUCCCAGGAAACUGUUCUUACAUUUUUGCAAAGGACUGUGGUAAUUUGGAGCCUCAGUACACUGUAUGGGUUCAUAAUAGUCCUAAGUGCCUUGCUUCAGUGUAUUAUUGUUAUCGGUCAAUCAGCUUGUUCUUUUCAGACCAAGAGGAAAUUCGAAUUUAUGGGCAUGAAAUAAAAAAGGAUGGAAUCAGUCUAACAUUGCCUCAGACAAUUGGACAAGUUUCCAUUGAGAAACUAGCUGACUACAUUCUGGUGAAAACAACGUUUGGUUUUUCAUUGGCUUGGGAUGGAAUAUCUGGAAUUUACCUCAAAUUGUCUGAGAAGCAUAAAGGGAAAUCGUGUGGCUUAUGUGGAAACUACAAUAGCAUUCAAUCUGAUGAUUUCGUCAUUCAAGAAGAGGACUACACAGAAGACAUUGCUAUGUUUGCAAAUAGUUGGUUGGUGCAAACGCUAGAUGACAACAAAUGUGUACCCACAGCGUCAGAUUUUCCAAAUCCGUGCUCCAGUGGAAUGCCAGCAUUUGAGGCAAUCUUCUUCAAGUGUCAGAUACUGUUGCAGUUUCCUUUUUUGAGCUGCCAUGAAUAUAUUGAUCCAUAUUUAUAUAUUGCCAGCUGUGUUAAUGAUCUUUGCAAAACUGAUGAUGAUGAUACCUAUUGUCGAGCGGCCACUGAGUAUGCUAGAGCCUGUUCCCAUGCUGGCUAUCCUAUUCAGGACUGGAGAGAUGACUUUCCCGCAUGCACUGAUAAAUGUGAUGACAGCUUUGUCCAUCGGGACUGUAUCAGUUGCUGUCCACCCACCUGCACGUUUGAGAAACAAUGUCUUGGGAGCAAUCUCCACUGUCUUGAUGGAUGUUACUGCCCAGAUGGCCUCAUAAUGGACAAUGGGACUUGCAUCUCCUUGGAAAAUUGCCCAUGCAGUUUUCAUGGAUUAGCUUAUUCAGUUGGUUCAAAAAUUGAACAAGAAUGUACUGAAUGUGUCUGUGUUGGUGGAGUUUGGAACUGCACUGAGCAUGACUGUCCAGUUCAAUGUUCUGUUGUGGGUGAUUCUCAUUUUACAACUUUUGAUGGUCGACAUUAUUCUUUCAUCGGAAUGUGCCAGUACAUCCUUGUGAAAGGAACUGGAAAAGAUAAAUUCACAAUCACUUUACAGAAAGCUCACUGUGAGCAGAACCUUGGCUUGGUCUGCCUUCAGUCUAUAACUCUAAUUCUGGAGGAUGACUUUAACAAACAAGUGACCCUUAGUAGGGGAGGACAAAUCCUCACCAGUCCUAACCAAGGCUUCAAUCUGAACGGCAUUGUUGAAAUUCAAACUCUGUCAUCCUUAUUUAUUCUUCUAAAAACCACAUUUGGUUUAAAGAUUCUGUUUGCUAUAGAUGGGGAAAGAAUUUAUAUUCAGCUCACUAGUACAUGGAAAAGAAGAACAUUAGGUCUGUGUGGCACUUUUAAUGGGAACAUAAGGGAUGAUUUUCUUUCUCCAUCAGGCAUGAUAGAAGGUACCCCACAACUUCACGCAAACGCGUGGAGAGUUUCCUCCACCUGUUUUGCGCCUCUUCAUGUUCCUGUCGUGGACCCCUGUAACAUUAAUCAACAGAACAUUGGAUAUGCAGCACACUGUGAUGUUAUCCACCGAGAGCUCUUUGCUCCUUGCCACGUGUACAUCAGCCCUGGACUGUACCAUCAGCUGUGCCGCCAUGAUGCAUGCAAGUGUGGGAGCACCUGCCUGUGCAAUGCUCUUGCCCACUAUGCCCACCUCUGUGGCCAGCGUGGUGUUCCCAUCGACUUCAGAGCUCAGGUUUCAUUCUGUGGGGUGGUGUGCCAGAAGGGCAUGCUGUACCAUCACUGCGCCUCCUUUUGUCGCCGCGCCUGCACUUCUCUCUCCUCCCCGGAGCAGUGCAGCGACGACUGUGCCGAGGGUUGCAACUGUCCUGAAGGCAGGUACUACGAAGACACACUCAGCUUCUGCGUGCCCAUAUUUCACUGCCGGUGUCAUUAUAGGGGCAGCGUUUAUCAACCUGGGGAGCUCAUCCCAACACCCUCGGGCUUAUGCCAGUGUUCAAAUGGAACUGUGAAAUGUGAUGAACCAGCAACGCCCUCUACUGUUCACGUCUGCCCCGAAGGAAAAGAGUAUUUUGACUGCGGGUUUCCUAACCCUGAACUGCCGGCUGGUGGUGUGAAUUGUGAGACGACAUGUGCAAACCUGGCCAUGAACUUCACUUGCGCCCCAUCCUCACCCUGUAUAAGUGGCUGUGUUUGUGCUCCAGGAAUGGCGGAGCACAAAGGGAAGUGCUAUGUUCCUGAAGGCUGUCCGUGCAUCUGGAAAGACUGGGAGUACCUCUCGGGAGAAGUCAUUGCUACGCCGUGUUAUACCUGUGUUUGUCGACGAGGAAUGUUCAAUUGCACGUAUUAUCCAUGCCCGGCAGUGUGCACAAUAUAUGGGGACCGGCAUUAUCAUUCUUUUGAUGGACUGGAAUAUGACUUUAUCAGUGAUUGCCAGGUAUUUUUGAUAAAGAGUGCAGAUGAUUCAGAUAUAUCUGUCAUUGCCCAGAACAAGAAAUGCUUUGAUAAUGACAUUGUUUGUUCUAAAAGUGUUUUGAUUUCAGUUGGAGACACUGAAAUUUACCUGAAUGAUACUCCUUACAAACAGAAACGAUCAGGGUUUUUUCUGGAAAAUAAACCUACAUACCAGCUUUGGAAGGCAGGGUACUACAUAGUAGUGUACUUUCCAGGGGAAGAUAUCACUCUUCUUUGGGACACAAAGACAACCAUUCAUAUCAAAGUUGGACCACAGUGGAAGAACAAACUCUCAGGAUUAUGUGGGAACUUUGACAAAUGUACUUCAAAUGAUAUGACCACAUCUAAUAACUUAGAAGUCAGAAAUGCCCAGGUAUUUGGAGAUAGCUGGGCAUUGGGACAGUGUGAAAGCCCAAGUGAAUCAUUUAAACCCUGUGAAGCACAUCAAAACAAGUUUCCUUAUGCCAAGAAGGAGUGCUCCAUCUUGUACAGUGAUGUUUUUGCUCCUUGCCACAAUGUGAUUGAUGUUACUUCUUUUGCCAAAAAUUGCCAUGAAGACACAUGCAACUGUAAUCUUGGUGGGGAUUGUGAAUGUUUAUGCACGAACGUAGCAGCGUAUGCAUACAAGUGCUGUCAGGAAGGGGUAUCGGUUCACUGGAGGUCAUCUACUAUCUGUUCACUUGAUUGUGAAUAUUACAAUGAAGGGCUUGGAGAAGGACCAUACAUGCUGGCAAGUUAUGGGCAGAGUGGCCUUGUUCUGGGGGCCAAUAUAAGCAGUAAAAGCGUUUUCUCUUUGCCAAGAAGUAGUAUUCAUGGCAAUAUAUUUUUUAGUUUUAUGAUCACUCCAGGUCUUUUCAAAGAGAAAGCAUCAUCACUGGCACUUGUUUCCUUGGAAUCUGCUGAAAGGCCAAACUACUUUCUCUAUGUCCAUGAUGAUGACACUCUGAGUCUGGAACUGUGGAAAGCAAAUUCAGCCUUUCAUCAGAGAGCCACAUUUUUCCACCAUCAGGGCCUCUGGAUUCCUGGUUACAGUGCAUUUGAGCUAUAUAGCAAGAAAGGAUUUUUCAUCAUACUCACAGAUUCUAGUAUCAAAGCAUCAAAAUAUGAUGAUUCUGAAGAAUUUAAACGUUCAAGUAGCUUCAGCAUAGAAGAAAUCCAGGCAAUAGUGCCUUACAGGAGGAUGUGUGAAUGGAAAUAUGAACCUUGUGCCACUCCCUGUUUUAAAACGUGUAGUGACCCUGAAGCACUAGCGUGUAAAUUUCUUCCACCGGUUGAAGGAUGCUUGCCUUACUGCCCCAAAAAUAUGAUCUUUGAUGAAGUCACCCUCAAAUGUGUUUAUCCAGGAGACUGCAUACCUCUGAUUCCUACAGAGCCAGCAGCAGUGCCACCAGGUCCAGAAGUGACCACCCCAUCAGAUUUCACGGUGCUUGACAUGCUCACACCGACAACAGGUUUGGAAUGUGAGCCUCAACAAUUUGAUCCUGUUUAUAAUUGUAGCCAAUAUAUAUGCCUUAAUAUGGAAUGGAAGCUGUUCAACUGGUCUCUCAAUUGCCCGAAGGACUUGGUGAUGCCUGACUGUGGUUUCCGGGGAAGACCCGUUCAGGUGAACAGGGAUAUCUGCUGCCCUGAGUGGGAAUGUCCUUGUCGGUGUUCCAUGUUGUCAGAGCUGAGCAUUAUCACAUUUGAUGGCAACAAUGCUGCUUUAUAUAGUAUGGCUUCUUAUAUCUUAGUCAGAAUUCCUGGGGAAAUUGUAAUUGCUCAUAUUGAAAAAUGUGCCAUGAAUCAGAAUGGAAACUCAUUUAAAAAGCUAGCUUCCUCUGGAAGAAUGUCUGGACUUUGUUUUAAGAAGUUAAAUUUGACAACAUCUGUACAUAAAGUACUUGUCAAUCGGGCAGCAAGAAAGGUGGAAGUGGAUUCUGUCGUCGUGCCUCUGCCCUUUUCAAAGCAAGAGCUGUCCAUAGAGGAUUCUGGCUCCAUGUAUGUGAUUACUACUCCAGCCGGACUGAUCAUCAAGUGGGCUCAUCUCACAGGCAUUGCAGACAUUCAUUUUGGCUUUCGAUUUAACUUGUCAUCCUACACAGAAGGACUUUGUGGAACUUGCAAUGAAGAUCCAGAUGAUGACCUCAGGAUGCAAAAUGGCACAAUUAUUACGAAUAUGGAAGACAUAGAAUUAUUUAUUGAGAGCUGGGAAAUUGAGAAAUCAUUUGAAGUAACAACGAGAAGACCUGUUAGGAAUUGUACUGAGCACAAUUGCAGCCACUGCAUUGAGUUAUUAAAUAGAAAAGGUUUCAUUCCAUGCCACGAUAAAGUUUCACCACAGGACUUCUGUGAAAAGAUGUGGAUCAAUUAUACCUAUUUUUGGAACUAUGAGUGUGACGCGCUUUCUGCGUAUGCAGCUCUGUGCAGCAAGUUUGACAUCUGCCUUCAGUGGAGAACACCUGAUUACUGCCCUCUGAGUUGCCCAGAAGGGAAGGACUAUCAACCCUGUGUGCAAACUUGUGAAGCAAGAACAUGUCUGAACAGAUGGUUCUAUGGACACUCUUCAUGUAUGAAUUUAAGAGAAGACUGUGUGUGCAAAAACGGAACCAUCCUUCACAGGCCAGAUUCAACUCAGUGCAUUCCAGAGAAAGAAUGUGCCUGCACUGAUUGGGAAGACCGACCCCGCGCUGCUGGGGAGGUUUGGAAUGGGGGCAUUGACGAAUGUGCCCUAUACAAAUGCUUGGAGAAUGGAAGCAUUAUUCCCAUAGAACCUGACUGUGAUGAAGAGCCCUCUCCAAUCUGUGAACGAGAAGCUGAAGUUGUCCUGGGCACCAUUGAUGAGUGGACCUGCUGUUCAAAGGAAGUUUGCGGUUGUGACAUGACCUUGUGUGAAACUACCUUUCCAACAUGUACAGAUAGUCAAAAAUUGACCGUUGGCCACAGCCCUCUUUCUUGCUGUCCGCAGUACCAAUGCGAAUGUGACCCAUUCAAAUGCCCCAUUAUUUCAAUACCAGAAUGCAGAGAAGAUCAAUUCAUGAUGCAAGUUCAACAGGACGAGUCUUGCUGUUUUUCUCCUGUCUGUGUUUGUGAAUCCUGUACUGAACCAAUUCUACUAUGUACUGAUGGGGAGUUUCUCACUGUGGAUCUUAAUACCACACACUUCUGUUGUCCUCAGUAUUACUGUGUUUGUGAGCCAAAUCUUUGUCCUAAGCCACUGCUCGACUGUGCAGAAGAUAUGAAACUUGCGAAAGAAAACGUCUCUGGUCAAUGUUGUCCAACGUGGCAUUGUGAAUGUAGCUGUGAAAACCUGGUUAUGCCAACUUGUGAAGUGGGAGAAUUUACUACAAUAGACCGUAACUUUCAGAGUGAUUGUGGAUGUGUGAAGUAUCUCUGUGAAAAGGAUGAUGUGUGCGUAUUUCAAGAAGUAUCAGUAUUGAAUCCUGGCCAAUCUAUGAUAAAGUAUUUGGAAGGAGACUUUUGUUAUACAAUAGAGUGUCUGGAAGAAAAAGAUAACCAUACAGGCUUUCACACUCUGAAUUUUACAAUGGUGAAUUGUUCAAAAGAAUGUGACAUUCACCAGGUAUACACUCCAUCUCCAAGUGAUUAUGACUGUUGUGGUACCUGCAAAAAUGUGUCCUGCAAAUUUCAAAGGGAAAAUGGAACAUCAGUUAUAUAUGAGGAGGGGAGUACCUGGCAUUAUAACUGCUCCACGUACGAGUGUGUGAAGACGGAUGAAGGGACAAUGAUUCUGAACUACAGUAUGGUCUGUCCUCCUUUUAAUGAGACAGAGUGCAAAAUGAAUGAAGGGAUUGUAAAGCUCUAUAAUGAAGGCUGUUGCAAGAUCUGCAAACGAGAAGAAAGAAUAUGUCAGAGAGUGAUCAUUAAAUCAAUUAUAAGGAGACAGGACUGUAUAAGUCAAAGCUCUAUAAAUGUCGCAUCUUGUGAUGGAAAAUGCCCAUCAGCUACCAUAUAUAACAUCAAUAUUGAGAGCCAUCUAAGAUUCUGCAAGUGUUGUCGUGAAAAUGGAGUGCGGAACUUGACUGUGCCACUGUACUGCUCGGGAAAUGGCACUGAAAUCAUGCACACUCUCCAGGAACCCAUCGACUGCACAUGCCAGUGGAACUGAACUUGGAUUCCGGGAGCUCUGUGCAACAUCAUAACAUUGAAUGGAGUUAACUUUUAUCUCUAUUAUUUAGGCACAGGGUGGAUUGAUACUGUUUAAUAAUAAUGUAUUUUUCAGACUAUUGGGACAUGGCAAUUUAACACUUGGUACAAAAUAUAUACAAUUUCCAUGGAAAAAUUAGAUUUAUUGAUUUUCUCUAUUUUGGAGAAUCAAAUGAUUUUAAGUUGUUCAGCUGAAAUGCUGUUAUGUAUAUAAUUGCUACAUGCCACAGACCUGGGAUAUUGUCAUCAACUAGAAGGUUAUUUUGCAGAAUUCCUUUCAGUUUCACUCAGUAGUUAUUUUUUAUUUGCCAAGUCUGUUAUAACUAUCCAAAUUAAGAUAUUCUUUUAUCUCUACAGCUUGGUAAAUGUAAUCAUUUAAAAUUGGCAUCUGGAUAGUCAUAAAGAGUGGUGUGCUUAGAGACAGAUCAUGGAAUUAGAAGAUUUUAGAUUAUUUAUAGCCUGAAUGGAUAUUAGGGAUGUUAUUGCAAAUUCCCUUCAUUUUGCAAGAGUAUCAGUUAACUGGAGAAGCUGUGUGACUUGUACAAAUUCAUUUGGUGUAACAAUAUAGUGAAUUCACAUUAACAACUGGGCUAAAUCUAGGUCUUUCUUAUUCCAGUCCUAAGUUCUUUUCUUCUGAACAGUAUAUUAAAGUGUCUAUCACAGAAGCUUUUAUUCUUGAAGAGUAUGCCUUGCACAGAAGAAAGAAUUUUAAAUUCAAUGCCUUUAAAAAGAAGGAAAAAAUGCAACACAUACAUAUGUAUAUAAAUACAUAUAAUAGUUAUCCCAGUAAUAAGGAAUGGGGAACUGUAGCAUCAGUUGCUAAAUAGCAGAGGGAUAUCAUGGGCUUUUAUUUUUUAUACCAUUAAAACUGUUAUUAAGUAUGUUUUUAGUAUUUAACAUUUAGUUAGCUAUUCCCUGUCUCAUGAAUGUCUAAUUUUUGAGAUGUAUAUGCAUACUAUUGAAGUUGCGUGCUAUUUUGCUUUUCAUGCUGCUGCUUCGCCAAUGAAGAAUGAAAUAAAAUGAUUUGAAUGUAUUAAUAAUUCUACAACAGAAUGUUGCACUUUUUAAAAACAGUAGAUUUUUGACAUUUGCAAAAAAUAUAUCCUGAGAUCUUUGCAAAUGCCCAAAUUCUUUGCCACUUAUGGUAUAUAGUUAUCUGAGUUUCCUUGUCUGUAAAAAGGAGAGAAUGCUCUAUAUGAUAUGAUUGUUGUGGGGAUCAAAUGAAGUCAAACAUCAACAAGAGAACAGCAAAGUUGCACUGAAAAGCAGAUGCUCGGGCCUGAUGGACGAGGCUCAGAUUUGAGCUAGGUGAUUUGCUCCCUUUCAAAAUCAUGCUUACCAGAAAAAUGGCAACUUAGUAGAUAUUUUGCACCUACAGGGAUACCCAGAAAUGGAUGAAAGAAUGAAAUGAACCUUGCAUCAAUGAAGUUCCAGUGUCUACUGUGUAUAAAAAUUGAUUUUAUCUUAUUUGUGCUUAAUAGAAGUGUUUCAUUUAGGCAUUCACUUUUUGAUAUUCUUUGAUUCCUGUUAACAUAUAGAUUGAAUUAAAUGUUUUCAGUUAAAAUAAAUUAACAUUUUGCUUAA